AUGACACCUGCCCCCACCACUGAUUGCCCUGAGACUUGUGAUUGCUUUGAGUGCACUUCAAUCACUUUCAAUCCAGAUGACGGCACCAAAACGGUUUGUAUUACUCAGAGUUGCAAGGAUUCACCCAUCAGCUGGAUGUGCUGCACUGAACCUGGUUGUGAAGUUCAAGACUGUGUUGGAGGUGGCAGUCCUGAUAGACAAAAGUGUGAGGGCGUUGAUGAGUUUUGUGUCACAGUAGAUGAGGAUGUUGAGACCAUCAGUGUUCAGGCACAUGAUGGCCAAUUUGGAGGAAAUGAAGAAGUUGAUUCAGAUAGCUGUGGGGGAGGAGGUGGUGGUAAUGGCAACUCCAAUGGGAACGGGAACAAUGGAAACAGCAACGGAAAUUCCAAUGGCAGAGGUCCCAUUAAUAGACAGGGAAGCAGAUGUGGAACUACAGGAGUAUGUAACAGCGAAGUUGACCUUGGUCAAUGCCCUGGUACUCAACCAAUGCCAAGCUUCUCUCCAUCUUCCAUGCCAAACUUGCUGAUAUCAUCACAGCCUACUCUUGAUGGCCCAACACUUGCUCCUACUUCAGGUGAAUGCCCUGAAUCCUGUGAUUGCAUGGAAUGUACAUCUCUUACAGAGAAUGAGGAUGGUACCUUAACCGUGUGCAUCAGCCAGAGCUGCAAAGAUGAAGCCAUCAGCUGGAUGUGCUGCAUUGGUGCAUACCCAUUCGAUGGAUGCACUGUGGACGACUGCAGAGGAGGCGAAGGCCCCGAUGGACCCAAAUGUGACGAGGUGACAGAAUUCUGCAUGAUUGUCCCUGGGAACACCGAAGGGGUUUCAAUUCAGGCUCAUGAUGGGCAAUUUGGAGGGAAUGAAGACAAAAAUAGCUUGUGCGGAGGACCCGGGAGUGGAAGUAGCUGCCCGGGUGUGACAGGGAUCUGUUCCACUGAUGUUCGGCUGGAUGGAUGUCCCAGUCUUCCAACUGCUCCUACGGCAAUACAGCCAUCUGCAGUUCCAUCAGCACCAAUAGCAAUGCAGCCAUCUGCAGUUCCUUCAGCGCUAAUAUCAUCUGAACCCACCAUUGGUGGCACCACCCUUGCUCCUUCAUAUGGUGAUUGCCCUGAGACCUGUAAUUGCUUUGAGUGCACUUCAAUCACUUUCAAUCCAGAUGACGGCACCAAAACGGUUUGUAUUACUCAGAGUUGCAAGGAUUCACCCAUCAGCUGGAUGUGCUGCACUGAACCUGGAUGUGAAGUUCAAGACUGUGUAGGAGGUGGCAGUCCUGAUAGACAAAAGUGUGAGGGUGUUGAUGAGUUUUGUGUCACAGUAGAUGAUGAUGUUGAAACCGUCAGUGUCCAGGCACAUGAUGGCCAGUUUGGAGGAAAUGAAGAUGUUAAUCGAGACAGUUGUGGGGGUGGGCAAGGGGGUGGCCCUGGCAGCAGCUGUCAAACUUCUGGAGUGUGCAAUAGUGAUGUUGACCUUGGUCUAUGCCCUGGUACUCAACCAAUGCCAAGCUUCUCUCCCUCACUAAGGCCGACCUUAUUGCCAUCUUCAAUACCAUCAUCCAUGCCAUCAUCGCAACCCACUGCUGGUGGCACCACUCUUGCUCCUUCCUAUGGUGAAUGUCCUGAGACCUGCAACUGCUUUGAGUGCACCUCAAUCACCUUCAAUCCAGAUGAAGGCACCAAAACAGUCUGUAUUACACAGAGCUGCAAGGAUUCACCCAUCAGCUGGAUGUGCUGCACUGAACCUGGUUGUGAAGUUCAAGACUGUGUGGGAGGUGGCAGUCCUGAUAGACAAAAGUGUGAGGGUGUUGAUGAAUUUUGUGUCACAGUAGAUGAGGAUGUUGAGACAAUUAGCGUCCAGGCACAUGAUGGCCAAUUUGGAGGAAAUGAAGAAGUUGAUUCAGAUAGCUGUGGGGGAGGAGGUGGUAGCAAUGGCAACAGCAACGGAAAUUCCAAUCGCAGAGGACCAAUCAAUAGACAGGGAAGCAGAUGUGGCACUUCAGGAGUAUGUAACAGUGAAGUUGACCUUGGCCAAUGCCCUGGUACUCAACCAAUGCCAAGCUUCUCUCCCUCACUAAGGCCAACCCUACCAGCAUUACUAUCUUCGAUACCAUCCUCCUUGCCAUCAUCACCGCCCACUGCGGAUGGAACAAUGAUACCUUCCUCCUUGCCAUCAUCAAAGCCCACUGCAGUUGGGACAACGAUACCAUCCUCGUUGCCAACAUCACAGCCUUCUGCGGGUGAAACAACUCUUGCUCCUUCAUCUGGCCAAUGCCCUGAAACCUGUAAUUGCUUUGGGUGCACUUCAAUCAAUUUCAAUCCAGAUGUCGGCACCAAAACGAUCUGUAUUACUCAGAGUUGCAAGGAUUCACCCAUCAGCUGGAUGUGCUGCACUGAACCUGGUUGUGAAGUUCAAGACUGUGUGGGAGGUGGCAGUCCGGAUAGACAAAAGUGUGAGGGUGUUGAUGAGUUUUGUGUCACAGUAGAUGAGGAUGUUGAGACCGUCCGUGUCCAGGCACAUGAUGGCCAGUUUGGAGGAAAUGAAGAUGUUAAUCGAGACAGUUGUGGGGAAGGGCAAGGGGGUGGCCCUGGCAGCAGCUGUGGAACGACAGGAGUAUGCAACAGCGAAGUUGACCUCGAUGGAUGCCCUGUUGCUACAAUUCAACCAAUUCCAAGUGCAUUGCCAUCUUUAAUGCCUACUUUGGGGCCUUCUUCUAUUGAUGGGGGUGAUUUUGUUUGCUCCAGACCAUCUGACUGUGCUGGUACCUCUUGUCAGUUUCAAUGUAAUGCUCCUCUUGGUUACUAUCCAGACCCCUCAGACUGUCAGGCUUACUGCUACUGCACUGGUGGUGAGCAGCCGUCCAGGUGGGAACAAGUUAUUUCAGGGCUUGUGUGGGAUCCUUACUGUGGUGGGUCGCAGCCACUAGAUGAAGAAAAUGUUCCCCUUGGUGGAAUGACAGGUGGCUGUGCGAACUGGCCUGAUGGUGUCAACUUAGACCACUGUGAUCUUGUUUUGCCACCGCCACCUGCAGAACCCAGUGCAGCUCCAUCAAUCUCGGAUCCACUGGAAGGUUGCAGCCCCGUUGAGACCUGUGGGGAUGAUUCUGUUCUAAUGUGCAUUUACUUGCCAGAUGAUCAAUUUUACACUGAAUGUGUGCCCAUUGACUCGGUCCAAGCUGUUCUAGAUCAUGAUCCCAGAGACACAUGUGGAGAAUGCCCUCCACUCCCGCCCACUGUAGCACCCACCAUUGGGUUCUCUUGUGAAGGAAACAGAUGUGCAGAAAAUGACUUUGUUUAUGUUUGCCAGGAUAGAGAGACUUUUUGUGUCUCUCAAGAGGAUGCCGAAGGACUGCUCUUGGAUAGUUCUGCAAGCUGUGGACCUUGCAGUAUUUUUGAUUGUGACCUAUCUCAUUUUGCCUGUGACAAUGAUAGUGUGGAGAUCUGUCAUGUCCAAAGCGAUUCAUUGAACUCGCUUUGUGUAACCACAAAUGCUUUGUCUGGAUUCCAGGGUGGAUGCGACUAUUGUGGUCAAUGCCAGAGUGAACUUCCUCCUGACUGUGAGGGAGCUGACGAUGAAACACCUGUACCUUCUGCAGACCAAAGUACUACAGUGGCUCCAUCCACACUUGCGCCAACGACGCAAAUACCAACAACAAUGUCUAGCACAACAGAAGCGCCCACAACAGCCACAACCACAACAGAACCUACGUCAGCUGCUCCCACAGUACCACCUUCAAAAGGUGCUACCUCUGAACCAACAUUACAGCCAUCCAGCCAACCUUCUGUGCAGCCAACAAUGACAACUGCCACUCCAGUGCCAACCACUCAGCAGCCAUCAAAUCAACCAACUCAGCGGCCAACCAUUGGUUCCACACCAGAACCAACCAAUCUGCCAACAGCCCAACCAACAGUUCAGGCGACACCAGAGCCUACGAAUCUACCAACGGCCCAACCAACAGAGCUGGCUACUCCAGAGCCUACACUCCAACCAACAGAACAACCCACACCCGAACCAACUCCCCUUCCCACUGAAGAGCCAACGGAUGAUCCUACUCCAGUCCCGACCAAUGACCCAACGGAUGAGCCGACCGAUGCACCAACUCAGCAACCGACUGGUGAGCCAACGGAGAAUCCAACUCCAGAACCGACCGACGAACCAACUCAAGAGCCCACAGACGAACCAACGGAUGAACCCACACAAGAGCCAACCGAUGAUCCAACUCCAGAACCGACCGACGAACCAACAGAGAGUCCUGCAGAUGAUGAAGUCAGAUCCAUACAUCAGCUCCAAAACUAUGCAAAGCGCCCAAUCAAGCUAGCUGCAGGACUGGUGCCGUAG